AUGGUCGGCGGCAAACAACGCCACGUUUUGUUCUUCGGCUCGCUGGCCGUCAGCGUGGCCGGGCACGACGUCUACGACGAUGAGGUGGUCGCCCAGCUCGAGCGUCAGAGCGCGUUUGUGAAGCUGCGCACCACCGUCAGCGCACCGUUCCGCAAAACGGAAGAGUCGUUUGCCGCGGUGGCCACCUCGCCGCUCUACGAAAUUCAUCAGAAUGACGCCCCCCUUGCCACCGCCGCUGCGAUGGUGGGCGCCUUUGGGGCCCCGCAGCCGUCGCAGCCGCACCGCUUCUACCACAGUUCCCAGCAUCAACACCACCGUCAGCGGGCAGCAUUUGUGCCGGUGAUGCUCGAGCUAGCAAAAGGCGUGGCGGCGGAGGAGGUGCCGUCGAUUGAGGAGAUGGACCGCGACCUGACCUCCCUCCCAUCCCCAUCCGACGACGGCCUGAGCGCGCUGAACAGCGGCGACGUGACGGCAGAAAACUACGCAUCGGCCUCUGUGCGGAUUGAGGUGGACUUGUCUCGAAGUGGCAACCGCACGGGUCUGGUCGCGAUGCAGGAGGUGUCUUUACCCUCGUUAAACUACCUGGCGCGCCACCAUGUCUGCACGCUCGUGCGCAUUCCGCUGCUGACGAGCACCAUUCAAAAGGCAGCCGUGAGCGACGUCGAUGCGGCCUCGCUCGCGCUGGAGGAGGCGCAGCGGCAGUGCAGCAGCGGCAGCCUUGACGGUGCCGCCGACCUCGGCGCGGCUGGUGUGGCACUGCACCUGUACGUGGUGGUGCGCGUCGUGAGCCUCGCGGAGAAGGUGCGGCUGACGCAGGAGGCAGACGACGCCGUGCGCCCGCUGCUCGAUGCUGCGGAGUCGGAACCGGCGGCGCUGCGGCUGCGCCUCACGCAGCGCGGUGAGGCCCCUUACGGUGCGAUGCCGCUGACGGAGUUGUACCGGCAUUACAAGCGCUUCUUCGAGCACGACGGGAACACGGUACUGAAACACGGUGACGCCAUCAUGCGCCGUCUCGGCAACGCACCGCGACAGCGUGAGGCGGACGCUUCCUUCCCGCACCGCUGGAACGCGCUGACGGAGGUCGACCUGCGGCCGCUGCUGCUCGGUGAGAAGGCGUUUGCGCCGCUGCUGCUGACGUUGGCGCACUGCACAAAUCUUCGUGCCCUGUACGCGGAUGGGAACCAACUGGGCGACCUGACCUGCGGCCGGCUCGCUGUGCUCUUCCGUCGACAUCGCUAUCUCGCCUACAUUGGUCUCGCCAAGAACGGCAUUCAUGAGGGAGGGGCAGCGCAGCUGAUGCGGCUGCUGAAACACAACCUGCGCAUCACCGCGCUGCCGUGCGAGGGCAACUAUUUCUCCGAUGCGAUGCAACAGCGCAUUGCGCAGGCGACGGCGAAAAACGCUAACGUUAUUGCAAACGACCCGCUGAACAUCUUUUCUCAGGAUUACAGCUACCUGACGGACCUAUCGAGUCUGCCGGAGCCGACGCAGCGGCAGGCGCUGCGGACGUGGGCGAUGCUGUCCGCCGCACCGGUCGGGGACGUCGAUGUGAUGGUGCACAACUCCACCACCAGUUCGCAGCGCACGAUCGGCGACUCGCCGCAGAUUGCGAUGCAGCGUGCCAAGAUGGCGCUGCACGCCCGCGAGACCUUCUCGCUGAUCCCUCCCGCCGCGCUGGCGCCGCUGCUGAACGAGGUGAUGCGGACGGUGUACGUGGCGGUGUCGCGCCUGCUGCCCGACCCCCUCGUGCGCUCUCUCUUUUCAGAUAUGGAAAUGGUUCUGGCGAGGCAGCAGGAGCAGAAGGAGGCGCAGGCGGACGGCGCGGCGACGCAGCGAGGGAGGGGCGACGCGGGCGGCUCGUCGCUUCCGCACGGCGUGCGGGCUGCGUUGGGCGAUGAGCGGGCGGCGCCGAUCAACCCCGAGAAGCUGUAUGCGCGCUCCUUUGCCCGCGUCGUCGUGACGGUCUUCCGCGGGUUGAUGCUGUCGACGCCGUGGGAGGAGAUGGCGGUGGUGCUGGAAGGGAUUGGCCGCAUGCAUCGGGAUUUGGGCGUCAUGGCCGAGGAUUACUGGCUGGCGGUGCACGUGUUCAUGGCGGCGGUGCGCAUUAGCUGUGGCUCCGACAGCUACGAUGCCGAUCACGCGUCGUCUUUCCUGGCCAUACUGGCCUUGGCGGUGCGCACCACCGCUGGCUUCGCUGUGCAGCUUAAAUAA